CAUACGAUAUGCGCCCGGCAUAACUCACCUCCUUAUUUUGGGAAAGUGUCUGCACAUGCGCACAUGACUCAGUGGCAGCCAUUGCCGAGGAGCUGCAAAACGAUAAGCAGAAGGAAGAGCUAUGCGUUUCUUAGCUUCAGAAAGCAGACUGACUGGGUGAGGGUAAUGAUCCAAUUAGAAGAACUAAAGAGGUAAACGCGACAAAGGAAAUUGUGGAAUAAAACAGUAAAAUCCGUUAAAAGAGGAAGCAUGAGUCUACCUCGACCCUCUGGGCUAAAGGCCCCAUCGAAGAUCGCACGAGCUUCUGCACUCCCGGCAACAGGAACAACUCCAAAGUCGGGCAUUCCAACGGGCAUUCCUUCAACUGCCAAAGCACAAAAAACAUUAACAAGACCAGACGCAAUAGCAAAAAGUGCCCGUGCUGCUGGGCUUACUUCGUCUUCAGCAGAGAGAUACGCUGCCGAGAUUUUACCGCUACUACGAGGCCCUGAGUCGGAUAGUAGCAGCAUCAUAAUUGGUGAUGAUUUCAGAAUUGGUGACAGAGUUUGGGUUGGUGGAAGUAAACCAGGCAUCAUUGCUUUUAUUGGGGAUACACAGUUUGCUCCUGGCGAGUGGGCAGGUGUUGUUCUAGAUGACCCUGUCGGCAAAAAUGAUGGUAGUGUCAUGGGUAUCAGGUAUUUCCAGUGUGAGGUGAAGCGUGGGGUGUUUUCACGGUUGUCAAAACUGACAAAAACACAACAGCAGUCACAGGCCAGUGACUCUGCAAGCAAUAGUACCAGCACACAAUCUAUAAACACAGUUGCAAACCAGGCACCUGCUACAAAUGGUGUAUCUGCAUAUGGAUCAGCAGCUACAUCUCCUACAGCAAGGCCUACCACACCCAGGCUAGGGUUAGGGGGCAGCAGAGCCCCCUCCGGUUCCUCCUCAAGCCUACACAAGGCCUCACCUCCUACCUCUACUACUAACCUUCACCAGACUUCUCCAUCUCCUUCUUCUUCUUCAGCUGGUGUCAAACCUGGGCUAAAAAUUGGUGACCGAGUUUUGGUCAGUGGGUCAAAGCCAGGGGUUCUGAAGUAUGUUGGCGAGACAGACUUUGCAAAGGGUGUUUGGGCAGGAGUGGAGCUUGAUGAGGCUCUGGGAAAAAAUGAUGGUGCUGUUGCAGGCAAACGCUACUUUGACUGUAAAGCCAUGCAUGGGCUGUUUGCCCCAGUGCACAAAAUCACUAGAUUGGCUGGGGCCAUGUCACUGAGCACCCCGAGUCCUCAGUCUCGCUCACUCACUUCAGGACUUCGCUCAGCUCGUGAGCGCUCUGGCAGCCAGGAGUCGGUCAGCUCAAUCAGCUCCUCUGCCAGUAGCGUAAGCCGCAGCCGGGUAAGAUUGGGCGUAACAUCCUUGGCAAAUCAGACCAGUAAACCUGGACAAAGACCCAGCACUCUAAACCUGUCUGCUACCACUGCUGCCCUCCAGAAAGCUCUCAAGGAGAAAGAAGAACACAUAGAACAGCUUUUGCGAGAGAGGGAUCUUGAGAGGUCAGAAGUAGCUAGGGCAGCUGCUCAGGUUGAUGAGGCUGAAGUUCAGCUGACAAGCCUGCGCACAGAGCAAGAACGCUUUCGUGGUGAUGCAGAAGAGCUGAUCACUCGGCUCAAAGCCCAGAUUUCAGAUUUGGAGAAACAGAAAGAGGACCUUUCUGCCAGACUAGAGGAUGAAAAGAGGAGAGUGGAAGAUCUUCAGUUCCAGAUUGAAGAAGAAGUAAUCUGCAAAGAUGACCUCGAGACUACAAAGGAGGAAGAUGAACUUCGCAUGCGGGAACUGGAGAAAAACUAUAGCAAGGAAAAAGCAAAGGCUUCUGCCCUGGAAAAAGAAUUAGAAAUUGUAAAGUCCACAUAUGAAAAACAACAAGUGAAGCUGAAAACAGCAGAAUCAUCAGAAGCCACUUACCUUGAUCAGAUAGAGGAGCUAACACACAAAUUGUCUCAGGCUGAGAGCCGCAUCAAACAGUUUGAGACUGCACGCCUUCAAGAGGGAGCAAAGGUCAGCCAGUCGAACAUAGAACUUCAGGAGAAGAUGAACAAGAUCAAUGAGCUGGAGGACAUGGUUAAUGCCCAGCGCAAGGAACUGAAGCAUGCACAUGAUCAACUGCAGGAAGUGCAAGAAGAGCUCCUUACAAGAAAUGCUAGAUGUCAGAAGCUGGAAGAAUGUGUGGAAGAGUUGACUAACAAAGUGCAGGCAGUGGAAGUCAACCAUUCUAAAGUCAACGAUGAGUUGCGUACUGCGAAAUCAAACACGUCGGACCUCCAGAGGCAGUUGGCCGCCAAUAAGGAGAAAAAUGCAGAGUUGACAGAAGAUCGCAACAGGCUGGAACAGCAAAUAGCCGACCUGAUGAAAAACUCAGGCGAUAAUUCUAAACAGCUGUCUACCUUGAACGAACAACUUGCGGAGAAAACUAGAAGGCUAGGGGAGCUACAAAACGACUUGUUGAGCUCUUCUCAGCGAAUAGCAAAGCUUAAUGAAACUCUUGAAGAACAAUUGUGCGCCAAGGAGAAGGAGAAGGAGGGCAUUGUAUAUAAAUUUGAGGAGCAGUUGAAGUCUGUACAUAGCCAACUGGAGGAUAUGCAUGUAAAGUUAGACAAAUCACAGAUCAAGCUGACCAAGGUUAAGGAGGAAGGAGAGAAGGAGCAGAUGGAGAUGCUGAGACUAAAAGAGGCUGAGAUCCAGCAGCUGAGAGAAAGGCUGGAAGCUCAGAUGCAGGACAUGAGUAAACAGGAGCUGCAGAUGCAAGCACAUAAAGAGUACUUGGAGAAACAGAAUGCCCUGCUGGAGACCCUCAAGUUUGAGAAAGUGAAAGCAGAGAAGGCACUGAAGCGAGUGGAGGGCGAAUGGGAGUCGCUAAAUACAGAGCUGAUACAGGCACGAGUUGAUGUUAGCAAGAUGCAGUCACAGUCAUCCUUUACCGACAAGGAAGUAACACAGAUGAGAGAACAAAUUGACGAUCUGAAGGAGCAGGUGGAACGAAGCCAGCGUUACAGGCAUGAGGCUGAGAAAGAGCGAGACCACUUACUGGCAGAAAAGGAGAAACUGACUCAAGAGCGUGAGAAAACAAGAGAAGAAAGCAUGGUGCUGAAAGCAGAGAUGCAGAAGCGGGAUAUCCAGAUUGAAGAAAUUAAGAAGGAGCAUGUUUUGCAGAUGGAGAAACUGCGGCGACAGACGGAGGAAACGCGAGAGGAGUUGAUGCAGCGAUCACAGACCGAGGCCGACAUGCUGACAGAAGAACUGGAAGGAUCAAAAAAAAUAUUACAUGAGACCCAGGCCUGCCUACAGCAGAAGGAGGCUGAACUGGUUAAACUGAAAACAGAGCUAGAGCUGUCCAAGUUAAAGGCAGAGGAGAGACAGAGACUUGAAGAGCAGAAGAAAGAGUUGCUGAAAAAUGUGGAAGAACUAAAAGAAAGCCAUAGACUGCAGGUGGCUUCCCUCCAGGGUGAGAAAACAGAUUUGCUUGCCAAGGUGGAGAUCUCUGUUCAAGAGCUAAGCAAGCAACAGCAAUUCAUAGAGGAGCAAAAUAAACAGCUGCAUCAGAUCAAGGAGGAGAAGCAGAAGUUGCUAGAAGAGAAGUCAUCACUGGAAAAACUUCAGCAUGGUCACAUUGCAGAACAGCAGAAACUUGUAAAAUCCUUGACACAGCUGGAGGCUGAGCUGAUCCAAGCGAAGAAAAGCAAAGCCUUGGUAGCAAAACCUGGGGCCAGUUCUGCAGGAGAACCAGACUUUAACCAACAGCGUGAAGGAAGAGAUGCAGCAGAGAAAGAGAUCGAGUUCCUAAACUCUGUGAUUGUGGACCUGCAGCGAAAGAACCAAGAGGUAACAUUACGUCUUCAGGCUAUGGAGGAGAGUGGCAUAUGUGAUGGACUACAAGAUGGAUAUGUAGCCGUGACACCUAGCUCAAGAUCUCGACCAGCACCUCGCCUGUUCUGUGACAUAUGCGAUGAAUUUGAUCUGCACGACACUGAUGAUUGUCCCCAACAAGCGAUGUCAGACAGCCCACCACCAUCGCUGCAUCACGGAGACCGCAAAUCUCUCAGGCCCUACUGUGAGAUCUGUGAAUACUUUAUCGAUCCUGACGCCCUUGACAAACACACCCACUCUAAGAUGGCCGGAUCGUUCUUCCACCACUGCGUUGGAUUUUUCAGCGACGAAGAAAUGGACGAAGACAUUUGGAAGAGCCGGCCCCAGAAAACAAAGAUAGCAAUGGCGCCCGCUUCUCCCCAGACCACGCCAGACUCUCCAGAAGACACGAAGCACCAGUCCAAUGGUGUCGGAGGUCGUUCACGAACACCUGUCCUGGUGUUAAGUUCCGGUGAAGAGGAUGACACGCCGACAACCAUAGGUAGCCAAGGAGAGAACGAGAAAACUGUCCUGGAGGACUUGUCUCAAUCGACAUCAGAAAAGAAGUCAGAAUUGGAAGCAGACGAAGCGAGCGGCAAGGCAGACGGCGAGAAAUGGAACCCAGAGUCCCUGGAGGCCACGAGCGAUGUUGAGCAAGUCUUCGACGACGCAGCUGAUCAGCUUGUCGAGGCUCUGGCUCCGACAGAUGUUAGCCGGAUGGACUCUUCAGUUUUUGAGGGCGGAAAUUUCGAGUCGCUAGGGUUCACUUACGCGAGAUGCGAAUCUUUGGGGUUCGACGUGGAGGGAGGGAGCGGGGAGCCCUCGCUCGUUCUCUCGGCGGCGCGGAACGAUUCUGAAGGUGACCAGAAAGAAGAAGCGAAGACAAUGUCGGACGACGAGUUCAUCAUGUCCAAGGAAGAGCUGGAGGACAACGAGAAACACGAGCUUGAGCGCGAGAGCUCAGAUGAUGAGGCGAGAACCAAGAAGAACGACCUAGAACCCGAGGCAGAUUCUGCUGUCACUGAAAAACUAGCAGAGACCCCUGAUGUUGGGGAAAAAGAACAGGAGCCGAGGAAAAUAACAAAAGAAAACGCGGCAUCCGCCAAACCUGAUGACAUGGAGGCAGCGGCUUUGACCACCAAUCAGAAACCUCCACCACCUACCCCACCAACCGCAGCCACGCCAUCUUGCUCGAAACAAGGCCACGCCAAUCAACCACAGGCAACCGGUGGCGCCCCCUCGAACGAGAGGUCCGCGCAAGCGGAAGCAGCGUUGAAGGGUGACAACCCGGAAGCAGGCGGGAAGUGUGAUAAGGGGGACAAAUCCGAGGUCCAGCAGGAGAAGGCGAAGAAGAGGGCGAGCGCCGGAGCCACUUUGGGCGGCAACGAGAAGUCGGUUACCGAGAGCAGCAGCGAGAGGCCAGAGAGCUGCACCGUGUCGUAAGGUCAAGGUGGAGCCCCACGGUCGAGAGGCAUUGACCGACCUAUUUCCUGCGUCCCAUUAUUUGCCCCCAUGGAUCCUCUUGACUCGAUGUUUAGAGCUGGAUUUGUUCACAUCAGACCUUUAGAUGAGAUUGAAGACGAUGGAAAUGUUUUUUGUUGCAACCCUUUAUUGUGCCAGGGGGUGGUAAUGGUGCUGGCGAGGGAGGGGCGAGAGUGCCACACCUCGACUGCGCAUGAACUGCGCUGAAUACCCGAGAAUUUAUUCCGCAGCCACUCGUCUGUUGAGUUUUCAGUUACUACAACCAAUAUGUCGACUGUUCUGGCGGAAGAUUAAAUCUUGCCGCAGACAUUUAGACAUACCUUCAAACACGACCAUUUAAAAUUCUGGGAAAAAAAAAUUCCUAGAAUUUUUUUUUAAUCCCUCGAAGCUCGCACCCACCGAGCCCUGCUUUACAUAGAAACUUGACUCGUUUAUACAAAUAUAUAUCAUAUUUAGGAAUAAUGCAUAGCAUGCAAGUAUUUGUACAUUUAAUGUUGAAAAACAAUUAUCCUGAUAUGCAUAUAUAGAUAAUAUCUUUUCCCAUCUCCCUUUUCCUUCCUCUCUCAAUCGGAUUGUGUUAAAAAUUUGUUGAUAUAGUCUAUUUCAGGUAGCACGUGACAUCAUAGAUGCAGAUAGUAUACUCAGUAGAACUCUUGAGAUUUUGUUGUAGGUACUUUAUUACAAGGGACUUGGUUCCAAAAGAGCCAUUAUCAGUGUCAUAAACUACAUAAGGAGAAAUAUAAAGUUCAAACCUUUGUAUAUCACAAUCAGAAUUAAACAGUAGUUGGCCAUGACCGACUCCUGUUCAGAUCAUGGCGACACGUGACCAAUAGCUUGUGAAGUUUCGAGGGUUAGACCGAGGUUGUAUUUGUAUUCGCACGAGGUUAAUCUAGACAACAACUGUGUUUUAUGAUAAUUAAUGUUUUUGAUGCUUGAUGUGCCAUUGUUGUGAUGAUUUGACUACAAGUCUGUCAUCUGUUGUCUAGAUUAGAUUUUAGGACCAGACAAUGUUUAAUUUGGAUAAGGCAAACCGUGGAUAUAUGUUGUGUUUAGACAAUCUUUCAUUUUGGUUAGAUAGUAAUGAUUGUUUAGGUCAUAAUAGCCACAUGUUUUGAUCAGGUGUGCACCAGCUUUUAUGUGUGCUUUUCUCUUAGUCAAUACUAACAAUUGUGUAGUUUAUAUGCAGUCAUAUCAGAGUUUAUCCAUUCUUGGAAGCUUGUGAGGUUUUCUCUACUGCCGUGUUGCCCCGAAAAUAAUCCCUAGAAUGAUUUUUCAGGAUGCUUAAGAUAUAGCCUUACUCCUUAAAUAAGCCUUAAUGGAAAUUAAGAUCGUCAGCCAGACAGAUGGAUUUCGUUCAUCUGUUGACAGAUGGACCUAUUGAAUUAUGAAGUUAUGAUAUUAAUAAAUAAUGUUAUGAACUGUCACGAUUUUUCAAAAGAAGAUAACCUGAAAAUAAAUGUAGAUUUUUGUUCUUCUAUAAAUGUCGAUUUUCACAUGAAAAAUAAGACAUCUCCUGAAAAUAAUUUCAGAUUAAUAUAUCCCCCCGUUUUAUUUUUGGCGAAACACAGUAUUGUAGAGAUGUUGACAUCUUAGGUCGAGAUGAAGUUAGCAGUGAGACUACAAUGAAGUAUCUCAGUCGAAAGCCACAACAAACUUCUGUUUCGGAGCAUUUUCAUGUGCUCCUGACUUUAUUUGGCAACAGUGGGUGUGGGUUUUUUUCAAGCGCCUUUGCAUCCCGUUUGCAGUGUUGUGCUACACAAGAUGUCAUCCAAAAAAAGUCCGUCCCAUUUGCUUUGAACAAUAUUUACGGACUACUUUCACGUUAGCGCACGCAUUCGACUGUUAACAGUGGUGUGUGAAUUUACGAAACAUGUUUGUUUACAUCAGGUUAUCAUGAUGUGGAAGUUAUUUUUAGCUGCAUUGUGACCACACUUAACUAAUGAACGCUCCUCUUGUGUAUUCAAUAUUAUUUUCGUGCAUUGCUGAUGAAACCUUUCCUGUACGUCCUGCUCGUGAGUUACAUCACUAGACAGCUAGUGUGUGAGCUGUUUGAACAUGACCAUGUCCGUGAUUGAGUCAACUCAUGAACAGACAUAUAAAUAUAUAUUAGAGAUAAACCGCAUUCUAGGAAGGGAAGUAUCACGACAUGCUUUUCGUGUGUAGGAAAUGGCUUCCAGUGCUUUUGAGCUGCUUUGACAGGAGAAACCAAUGAAUCAGCUUUUACAAUGGAGUUUAGGUGAAAAUCUGGUUAGUUAAUAAUAAUAAUAAUAAUAAUAAUAAUAAUAAUAAUAAUAAUAAUAAUAAUAAUAGUGAUUUAUGUAGAGCUUGAUCAUGUUCAUGAAGAAACAUGCACUCAGUUUGGGACAAGAACGAGGCAAGAACAGCAUACGAAGGACAGAAGGAGAAGCAACCAUGUAGACAAUAAAGAACAAAUGUAGAAGACACAGAAGAACCAGUGAACCAACAGUAAGGAUUGAGUGUUGAGAAAAUUGCUAAAGGAAGACGAGCAGGCGGACUAGUCAAUAGACGAGAGAUUAUUUCUUACAAUGGUCAUAGAAUGGGUGGGACACCCGACCUUCUGACUAGAAAACUUGGUGACUCAUUUUUCUCAAAGGGAUCUUGUUGAUGUGACUAUGGGGUUAUUCGGGACAAGGAUCUUGGGAUAUUUUUUCUGGCUGACUGUCUUUGACAAUAACAAUCCUCUUUGAUUUACUAAUAGUAUAAUUAAACACAUUUUUGGACUUUCAAGAACAAUUUGUUGAUGAUAAUUGUUAUUAUUCUUUUAAUGUUUUAUAUAAUUUUAAAGUGUUAUUGAUUGUUUUUUUUACAUAUCUUUUGCCUAUUUUGUUCUUAUGUUCAUUCCUAAUGUUGUUAACAUUUUUUGAACCUCUGCUGAAAGGUGACAGUGACUGAAAAAGUGGUUUCAUGUUUGUGACAGGGAGUCUAGUUUGUAUACCGUGAGUUCUGAGUAGUGUACAAAGUACACUGAAUCGUGUACAUCAUAAUCUAGUACUGAAUCGUGUACAACAUUACAACGAGAACUGAGUUAUUUACAACAGGAAAGAGUACUGUUGAUCUCACAAUAUGAUGAGUGAUGAGUAGUGUACAGCUUACAGUGAGUACUCAGUUAUGUACAUUGUACAACAUGUACUGGGAUGUCUGAAGGUACAGUAGAGUACUAAAGUAUAUACAACAUGCAAUGAGUUAAAUGUUGUCUACAACAUGCAGUAAGUACUGGGUUGUAUAUUGUACAAGUACAAUAAUAUGGAGUUGUGCAAAGUGUGAGUGGCAUGAUGAGUUGUGGAAACUGUAUAUGAGUAUUGAGCAGUGCAAACUGUACAACGAGCAUUGUGUAAAUUGUACAAUGAGUACUGAGUUGUGUGAGCUGUACAAUAAUUAUGGAGAUAAAUAAUGUGUAUAAUGGCUGUUAAGUUGUAUUCAAGUUGAGUUGACAGGUGUACGGGUGUAGUGAGAUUUCGUUUAUUCCAAAAGGAAAAUAUUAUUCGUUUAAACAUAAAAAAGGAGUUUUCCUUCUGAAAGAUAUUUGGUUGUGGCUUUCUCUUGUAACGAGCUGUUUGCUUUGGUUUCCUCAUCUGCUCGUCCACCCCGGGUACCCAUGUCCACUGUGUUCUCUGUGUGCACCAGCUUUUAUGUGUGCUUUUGUCUAUUGGAGAAUUGCUAUUGCUAUUGCUGAUAACUCAGACACAGAAUGCUCUGUGUGCUUGUCAGUCAUGUGCUUAGACUAAUUAAACAUAUAUUUUGCAACAGA